GUAAAGAAGAAACACCCGGAAGUUCACAGUGCACCAUAAGCAUCCAUGGUAGCGGUGUUGUAGAAAUAGCUUUUAGUCUGUUUCUUCCAACGUUUUCUUCUCCUCUUUGAGUUCCCAGCCCAGACAACAAUGUCCGAAAGAAAAGUGUUAAAUAAAUACUACCCUCCGGAUUUUGAUCCGUCCAAAAUCCCAAAGCUCAAACUCCCCAAAGAUCGACAAUAUGUGGUCAGAUUGAUGGCCCCAUUCAAUAUGAGGUGUAAAACAUGUGGCGAGUACAUCUAUAAAGGGAAGAAGUUCAAUGCACGUAAAGAGACUGUUCAGAAUGAGCUGUACAUGGGACUGCCCAUCUUUCGUUUCUACAUCAAAUGUACUCGGUGUCUUGCUGAGAUUACAUUUAAGACUGACCCAGAGAACACAGACUAUGCAAUGGAGCAUGGCGCAACGCGAAACUUCCAGGCAGAGAAACUGAUUGAGGAAGAGGAGAAGAGAAUACAGCAGGAGAGAGAAGAGGAGGAACUGAACAACCCCAUGAAGGUGUUGGAGAAUCGCACAAAGGAUUCCAAGAUGGAGAUGGAGGUUUUGGAGAAUCUCCAGGAGCUAAAGGAGUUGAACCAGAGGCAGGCUCUGGUGGACUUCGAGGGAAUGAUCAGCCAGUACAGAGAGAUGGAAAAGAGAGAGAAGGAAAGGGAGAAAGAAGAGGAUGAGCAAGAGACAAAAGAAAUGUUGGAGCGUGCUCUUGUGAAAAGACUUAGAGACUCUGAUUCAGAGGAAGAAGAGGAGAGCAGCAGCAAGUCCAGCACAGAUAAACCAACAGACAUCCUCACCACUGACAAACCCACAGAGAUGCAGGGAGACACAGCUGGAGGAGGGAAGAGAGCCAGGGUGGAGAGCUGGGAGAGGAGUGUGGGGACACUGGGUGGUGGAAGGGCACUAGGGUCCCUGGUGGUACGAAAGAAACCACCAGCAGCAGCUGUCAACAAACCCAGCCCAGUCGCUGCUGCUGCUCCCACUUCAACAAGAGAUUCAAAGGCAUCGACGACUGACUCAACAAAUGCUUCAAAGGCCGUCACCACACAGAAUGGGUCGUCAUCUCUCAGCCUGCUGGGGGCGUAUUCAGACAGUGACAGCAAUGACAGCGAAUGAGAAGAUGACAUCUUGAGUGACUGACACACAAUUGUAUGAAUGAUGCAGAAUGGAAUAUAACAAGGACGUUCUUGUAAUGCUGUACAGAAAUCAAAACUAUGUACAAAGCUGUCAUGUUAAACCUUUCUAUAAAACAGCCUGCAGCUAUAUAUAAGGAGGCUUGAGUAGAGCUGCUCACUGCAUGGCCCAUCACGGUCACUGUCAUUGUCAGUCUACCUGUUCACCUACUUCGACGCUGCUGUAUUGCAGACAUCGCUGUUGAGCCAUCAUCAUUGUUGCUGAUAAAUGCCCUGUGAGGUUGGAGCACAACUACACAUGCACAGAGUACACACUUCCAGUAAAUAUAAACAAACAAUGACACAAAACGCUCACAGGAGUGCACAGACAUUGGACUCUGCACACACUUUCUGUGAGAAGCACAGGAUGUUUUUUUCCCCUUUGGUCAAGCACUAUUGGCUGUUGUGCUAGUCUCCUUGAUAGCUAAUACUUUGAGAUAAAGAGCAGUGUACAGCAAACUGGUCAUUCCAAAAGAAAGUAAGCUGUGGCCUACAGAAUGAUAUUCACACUUGUAACAGUUAAACAGGAAGUAGUGUAUUCAGUUAGAGAUAAGGGGUCACCCUGGUGGAUGAGUGUGUAGCAAGUUGACGUUCACCUUUUUAUAACAAUAUUUGUAAGAUUUCUGGAUGCUCCUUCCCCAAACAUGACAGUACCUUAGUUGGCACCUGCAGAUAUUAACAAGUCUUCUAAAUUAAAUGACAAAAUGAAUUUCUCAUCAUUUGUCUUUUGAUAAAUGAGAUUUAUGAAUGAUCAUAGCAACAUGGCUAGGUUUGGAUUAAAAUAGAUCUAUGUUGUCAUGCUUACAGUAACUGUUAGUUCAUGUUAGGGAAUUAUUGUUGUCAUGUCAUAUGGAAGUGGGAAAUAAACAGUGAUCUCCUGUUGUUUGGUGAA